CUUCCCUCCUAUCAGGUGAUUUCGAUCGAUGGCGUUGCUCCCCGUGAAGCCGCUGGACGCCGUCGACGGCUACCUCCGGUGGAAAGAGUCCGUGCUGCUCCGCCUGCACACCGUCGGCAUCGCGCACGUCCUCUCCCACGACCCACCGUCCGGUAGCGACGCCGCCUCCUCCGCCGAGGCGGCCAAGUGGGCGCGCGACGACGCCAUGUGCCGCGGCCACAUCCUCGCCACGCUCUCGGACCGCCUGCUCCCGGACUACGUGCACCACGCCACCGGCAGGGCGCUGUGGGAGGCCGUGGCGCGCACCUACGACGUAGCGUGGCAGAGGUUCACCAGAUUCGAGUUCGACGACGGCGCCCCGCUCCUGGAGCAGCUCGCCCAUGCGGAGGCGCUGGGCGUCACCGGCCGAUCCUGGCUCAAAGGCGACCUCGACUUCAUUGCGUACAUGUGCCACGAGAAGCUCCCGGCGGACCUGGCUAUCCCCAUCUCGGUGGGCUCCGUUGAUGGGAACGUAACCAUGGACAGGGUCUGGAAAGUUGCUCGCGUUAAGGAGGCGUCUCGCCUUCGCGAGGUAGACGAGCUUCAGGGGAAAGCGACUAUGGCGGAGGAUCCAAGAGGCUGCUGGAACUGCGGCCAACCGGGGCACAUUUCCAGAAACUGCAGGGCUUGAUCUUUAAAUAGCGCGUUGGGUACUCUGAAUCUCUUACUCCGAUCGAUGAUCUGAAUCUUGGGAUCUUGGAUGGUGCUAGUGCUUAGUAAUUUUUAGAUCUUAGUUUGCCUGCUGCAUGAAUAAUUUUUAGAUCUAAUUAUUAUUUCUUCA